UUGAUUUCUUAUCCUCUUCGAAUUGGGAAGUCAUUCGUGCUUGUCCUCUUCGAGCUAAGGCCACUAGGCGACUUGCACUUUUAUAAACAAAAAUGGCAUCAAAGGCUGAAUUAGCUUGUGUUUACUCUUCUCUCAUCCUAGUUGAUGACGACGUUGCCGUAACUGGUGAGAAAAUUUCAACUAUCUUGAAAGCGGCCAAUGUUGACGUUGAACCAUACUGGCCGGGUCUCUUUGCCAAAGCCCUCGAGGGCGUAAAUGUUCGUGAUUUGAUCACAAACAUUGGAUCCGGCGUCGGAGCUGCGCCAGCAGCUGGUGGAGCGCCGGCAGCAGCUGCCGCAGCACCCGCUGCUGAGGCCGCUAAGGAAGAGAAGAAGAAGGAAGAAGAACCAGAGGAGUCUGAUGAUGACAUGGGCUUCGGUCUGUUUGACUAAAAAGCUUUUAUUCCAUGAAGCUUCAAGAAGCUUAGGCAUAAGAAAAUAAUUUUUAUAAAUGUAUAAAAAUUA